AAGGCGUGAUAGUUAUGACAUUUUAUUUUUAUUUAUAGUUAAAUAAAUAUAACUAUUAAACUAUUAUUUAUUUUUUUUGUAAAAAAAAAAAAAUAAAAAAAAAACGCAUGUAAUUAUUUUGCAGAAAAUAUAGCCAAAAAUGUUAAAUGUCGAAAAAAGAAAUGUGGUGCUAUCACCGCCAGUUAAUUGGGAGCUGGAUAUCAGAGCAAAAAGAGAUCUUUUAAGGUCUAAAGAGUGCCUUCAUUUCAUUUGUAAUAACAAUAAUAAUAAUGAUAGUAUUAUAGAUAAUAACAGCAGUAUUAGUAAUAACAAUUUAAAUGAUAUUAUAUCACAUGUAUUCGAUAAUAUAAUUUUAUUAAAUAGUAGUUUCACUAGUAGUGAUGCUUUAAAUAAAAAAGAUUAUUUAUCAAAUAUUUUCAAUUACGAACUGGACAAUGAUACUACACAAAAUGAUAAUAGCAUAAAUAAAAAUAGUUUAAAACAAUAUAUACAAGUAGAUAAUUAUUUAAUACUGUGGAACUCCUCAGAAGUUAUAACAAACUAUUGUUAUUGUCUUUAUAGAUUGUCAAAUAUAACAGAAUUUGGAUUAGAGUGCCCAGUACAGUAUAUAUUGUUGGUUUCAGGUCCAUCUUUAGUUAAACAGAGCAAAUCGUGUGAACAGGUUGCAAAGUCAUUCUCUUAUUCGUUAAAGUACCCACUUGUUCAAUAUCAUCUAAACAAUUCAAAGAGUACGGAAGAGGUGGUUAAGGUGUUUGAAGAUUUUGCCAAUGGUUCUCUAAAUAUAGAUAAUAGUAAUAAUAAAAAUAAUAAUAAUAAUAAUAUAGAAAACAGUGGUGUUAUUGAAUUACCAUUAAUCAAUAAUCAAUCUACAAAUGAGCAAGAAACUGAAGCUGGAUCAAUUAAAGAAAAUAAACCGUUUGCAAUAGAGUUUAAAGAGUUUUUAUGGUCUCUAGUAUUUGGGUAUAAAUAUAUCAUUCAAGAUAUACAAAAGAGAUACCCAGACUAUUGGAAUGACUGGGCAGAUGGUUUUAGUUCAGGGAAAGCAUUUUCAAAAACCCUAUCUACGUCUGUGUUCUUAUUUUUUGCGGUACUUUUGCCAUCUAUUGCUUUUGGUGUAUUGAAUCAGUCAAAUACGGAUGGAAAAUUUAGUGUAGCUAAAACCAUCAUAUCUCAGGGUUGUGGUGGCAUGGUAUUUGCGUUGCUUUCGGGGCAGCCUAUGGUAGUACUUUUAUCGACAGCACCAUUAGCAAUUUUUAUCAAGAUCACCUAUUCAAUAUCGAGCGAUAACAAUUUAGAUUUCUGGAGCCUCUAUGCAAUGAUUGGUUUGUUUAAUGGUAUUUUCUUAAUAAUCUAUUCAGUUUUGGGUCUAAGUAGAUUAAUGAAAUACUCUUCAAGAUUUAUCGAAGAAACCUUUGCUGUGUUUAUUACGAUAGCCUUUCUUUAUGAUGGUAUCAAACCAAUUGUAGAGUUAUUCAUCGACUAUCUUUAUGAUUGUGGUGAUCCUGGAUGCACUCAGAGCCACAUUCCCAUUUUUGCCCUAUUACUCUCGCUUACAACCCUCUGGUUAUGCUUCAAGCUUUCCAAUUUUGGUUUUUCUCAGUUCUUCAACAGUACAGUUAGAAAUGUUAUAUCUGAUUAUGCGUUAUUCAUUGGUGUUAUCCUUUCGACAUUCAUUAGAUACACUAUUUUCUUACCAUUGGACUAUGAAGAAUUUCCACACGAUCUAGAUAACCUGUUACAUACUGAAAUUCAUUCUUUACCAGUCUGGAGUUACUUUUUAGCAUUAGGUUUGGGUUUCCUUUUAUCUCUUCUCUACUUUGUUGACCAAAAUAUUUCCAGUUCACUCGCCACAGCACCAUCUCAUAAUUUAAAACGUUGGUCUGGUAUGCAUUUGGAUUUAUUUUUGGUUGCAAUCAUUAAUAUUGUAUUAUCAUUUUUGGGUUUACCAUGGGUUCACGGUGCAUUACCUCAUAGUUCUUUGCAUGUUAGAGCACUUGCUAAUAUUCAAACAAUAUUUUAUAAGGAUCACACAAAAGAGAUCUUUAUUUCAGUACAAGAAACCAGAGCAAGUGGGUUUAUUUCGCAUUUGCUUACAUUUAUUUGCAUAUUUUUGGUAUCAAACGUACUCAAACUCAUUCCUAUUCCGGUGCUCUAUGGUGUGUUUUGGUUUUUAGGUGUUAAAGCUUUAGUUGGUAAUCAAUUUUGGGAUAGAAUAUUAUUAUUAAUUACUGAUCAAAACCUACAUCCCCACUCAACAAGAUCAAGAUGCAUAAAACAAUCACAUGUUCACCUAUUCACAUUAGUCCAAAUAAUCUGUUUAUUAGUUUUCUGCUUCAUCUCCUUUUAUCCCAACCCAUACCUCACUAUUUUCUUCCCACUUUUCCUUACUAUUUUAAUUCCAUUAAAAAACUAUUUAUUCCCAAAACUUUUCUCUAAAAAUAUAAUUAAUAUACUGGAUCAUCACUAGAAUUAUUAUUUAAAAAAAUAGAAAUAAAUAAAUUUGGUAUAGUGGUAAUUUAGUAUUUAUUAAUAAUCAUAUUUAUAAUAAAAAUAAUCAUCACUAUAGCUUUUAGAUAUCUGUGGUGUUUUUAAAAUAAAUUAUAUAUAAUGUUUAUUCCAAAAACCC